GGGUGCUGCAUCAGCAGCUCUCCGGUCUGGUCUAUGCUUACGCGCUCACAAACAGCCGCCAUGGAUCAGAAGCCCGGGGAAACGGCCGCGGACUAUCAAACCCGGAUGCUGGCUUGGAGUACCGAAGCCAAGCAACGGACGGAUGCAGCAGCAGACGCAGAGCAGAAGGCAGAGGAAGCCGAACAGGUACGUCUGUUGGCAAUUGAACAGCAGCGCCUGCAAGCUGAGGCAGCAGCAAAGGCUGCCGAUGAAGAAAGAAAUCAGCGACGUGAGAAGAUCUUCAAGGGAGAGCGAGCAUUGCUCACAAUGGCAGCGGAAUGGCGAACCGUGGCUGAGAAUGGGAAGAUGGAGGAGAGUGAAAGCAAGAUCGCUCUCCUCCUCUCCCAUAUCACGGAUCUCCUGGCAACGUGCGUUGCACAACAGGAGGACAUUCAUAGCCGCGACGCCGAGGUCAAGUGUGUCAACAGCCGUUUACAGCAGCUGGAGCACCGACCCGUCGCCGGCCCCGUUGCCAGCGCCUCCAAUACUUCUGAUCGCCUCGAUGCAUUGGAGAUUGACGUCGGUGCACUCAAGGACGGCGUGCAGUUACAGCACACCGCCACUCAACAAUUGGAGCAGCGGAUCUGUGCUGCCACUGCCAGCCCGCAUUCGGGACAGCGUGAGUCCACUCCAAAGUUCAAUGGUCAGGAGAUCUUCUGCGAUUCAACAAAGACAGACCCGAUUCAGUGGUUCCGCAAGUUUGAACUCAUGUUGCAGCUGCAUCUCGUCAGCGAAUACAAGAACCACGCGUACUUAUACUCCCGGUCGGGGGCCGAAUGCCAAGCAUGGCUGGACAAUCUCUUGUCCAAGUACGGGGUGGUCGAUGCAGAUUUGCACACUAAGAUCAACUGGAAUGAUCUGAAGGCAGCGUGGCAUAAGCGGUUCCAAGUAGAGCCGCCGGAGAUCAAGGCAAUGGACAAGUUGCUGUACUUCUGGCUUGCGCCGCGCGAGUUCAACCUAGAGGUAUUGGACCCGCUCACGUCCGAGGAUUUCGCAUGGCUUCCUCUCCCGACCACGGGCCGCUUGCCGGGACCGCAAUGCGCAGCACUAUGCGCUCAUCUCCAUACGUACUUAUCCUUCUAUGCACCACCAACUUCGCCGACGGAUGACGAAGUCACGGUGGGGGACAUCCUUGCGUAUGUUGCCAAGGUGGCCCGCGAGUUUCGCACGCAGCGGUACGAUGACAACAACGCACCGCUCCUCUAUGUCCGCAUCCAAGUUGGGCAAGCGUCCUGCAGCGCUUUGCUGGAUAGCGGAGCGACUUGCAAUUUCAUGAGCCAAGCCUUUAUGCAAAGGGCUGGCCUUGGCACACAAGUUCGGAGGAAGGCAAACCCGACGGCGAUCAAGUUGGCGGACGAAAGGACGCAACAACUUAUCAACCGUUACUUCGAGGCCGCACCGGGGUAUUUCGCACCUCAUGCAUGCGAACCGGUGACGUUCGACAUUUUGGACACGGACUUCGAUAUCAUUUCGGGAAUGCCUUGGCUUGCAAGUGCGGAUCACACGGUCAACUUCCACAGGCAGACUCUUAGCAUUCGUGACGCUUUCGGCGUUGAAGUACCGUGUACUAUUCCUCUUCCGCAGCCUUCGAUCCGGUGCCAAGUGGUGACGGCCAAAUCAUUCCGGGCGACUUGCGCUUACGAGCAGCCCGAGGAGAUCGGCCUAUGCUUCCUACGGACCAUCGCGGUAGCCGACUCUUCACCAACGGACUUGUCUUCGGACCCCCGUGUGGUGCGUUUGCUGGACAAGUUCGCCGACAUCUUCAAGUCACCUAUCGGUGUCGUGCCGGAUCGGCCGAUCUCUCACGAGAUCAUUCUUGAGGCCGGUGCCGUGUCGCCGAAAGGUUGCAUCUAUCGGAUGAGCGAGGAGGAGUUUGAGGUCCUCCGCGCACAACUCGACGACUUGUUGGCCAAGGGCUGGAUCCGCCCUAGUAGCUCCCCAUAUGGAGCACCAGUUCUCUUCGUCUGGAAGAAGAACAAGGAUCUACGUCUGUGCAUCGAUUAUCGCAAGCUCAACGCGCAAACCGUCAAGAAUGCGGGGCCUCUUCCUCGUAUCGACGAUCUUCUCGAGUGAUUGGGUGGUGCCAAGUACUUUUCCAAGUUGGACUUGAAGUUGGGGUAUCAUCAAUUCCGACGGGUGAUGGACAACAAUCCGUUGAUCUUCUACAAGAACCAAGACACAGUCAACAGCACCAUCGCCCGGUGGAUGGCUUUCAUCGACCAGUUUGACUUCUUUUCGGAUCACAUCCCUGGGAAGUCAAACCGUUUUGUGGAUGCUCUUUCACGGCGUCCGGAUCAUUAUGCCACAGUCUAUUCGACCUUCGAGAUUGACGACGACUUGUGGGACAGCUUCAUCCGCGGCUACCAAGCCGACCCCGA